AAUAAAAUUUUGGUAUAUCAAAAUUUCAUCCUAAAUCAGGUGAAUACCAUAUCAAUGUGUGAUUUAUUCAUUCAUUCAUUUAUAGAUCUGCCAUCUUCCGUGUUCUAUAAUUUGUAUGUCCAUUCAGUGAACUCAUCCCAUCUGCCGUCCAGUUCCAAAAUUCCAUUUCAUGGAUCAUUUAAAAGUAUUAACUUUUCCAUAUUUAGUUUGAAUUAAUCAAUUACAUUCUUCCCGCCAAGAUAAGCCAAAACAAAUAUGUCAUUCUUCAAUAGAUCUCCAAAGCAUUCAACCAUUAAGGAUAUUGCUGAUAUAUCUCAAUCGAUGGAAAAUAUCUCUAUUAGUUCUAAUAAUGGUAUGGAUAUUGAUACAUCAUUUAAAUCAUCAUCUUUUAUUAAUAAAGAAAAUAUAACUCCCUAUAGUUCACCUACAAAGUCUAUCUUACAUCAAACUCCUUCUCCUUCAAAACAAUAUCAACAACAAUUUCUUCCUAAUUCUCAACAAUAUCAACCACCAUCUCAACAACAACAUCAAUUAUUUCAAAAUAUUAAUCAAUUACAACAACAUUCUCAAUAUCUGACUCCUACUAAAUCUUCAAAUCGUCCUCAAAGAUAUAAAUUAACUCCUGAUGAAUUUCAUAAAAAGGCAAAUGAUCCAAAAACUAAACGUUUAGCAUCUGUCGCUCAAUUAUACUUUCUUGAUUAUUAUUGUGAUAUGUUUGAUUAUGUUAUUAGUAGAAGAGAAAGAAGUAAAUUAGUUGAACAUAAAUUAUUAACUGAUUCAUCAAUAAAUUCAAAUCCACAACGUCAACAAUUAGAAUGGAAGAAUUAUGUUGGAAGAGAGAGAGCUCUUUUAAGAAAAAGAAGAUUAAAACCAAAACAUAAAGAUUUCGAAAUGAUAACUCAAGUUGGUCAAGGUGGUUAUGGACAAGUCUUCUUAGCUAGAAAGAAAGAUACAAGAGAAAUUUGUGCUCUUAAGAUUUUGAAUAAAAAUUUAUUAAUGAAAUUAGAUGAAACAAGACAUGUAUUAACUGAAAGAGAUAUUUUAACCAAUACAAGAUCUGAAUGGUUAGUAAAGUUAUUAUAUGCAUUUCAAGAUCCUGAAAAGGUUUAUUUAGCCAUGGAAUUUGUACCAGGUGGAGAUUUUAGAACUUUACUUAACAAUACUGGUUAUCUUAUACCUCCUCAUGCAAGAUUUUAUAUUACAGAAAUGUUUUUAGCUGUCAAUUCAUUACAUGAUUUAGGAUAUAUUCAUCGUGAUUUAAAGCCAGAAAACUUUCUUAUUGAUUCAAAAGGUCAUAUAAAAUUAACUGAUUUUGGUUUAGCAGCUGGUUCAAUUUCAAAUGAAAGAAUUGAAAGUAUGAGAGUUAAAUUAAAUAAUUUACAAGAUUUAACUGGUGAUAAUUAUAAGAUUCCUUCAAAAUUAAUGAAUGAAAGACAAAGGAUUUUUAAACAAAGUCAAGUUGCUUAUAAUAAGAACUUUGCUAAUUCUAUUGUUGGAUCUCCUGAUUAUAUGGCCUUGGAUGUUUUACAAGGUAAAAAUUAUAAUUUUACUAUUGAUUAUUGGUCUUUAGGAUGUAUGUUAUUUGAAAGUCUUUGUGGUUAUCCACCAUUUUCUGGUUCAAAGCAAGAUGAAACUUAUUAUAAUUUAAAAAAUUGGAAAACUUGUUUAAGAAGACCUCAAACUAAAGAUGGAAGAUUUGUAUUCAGUGAUAGAACUUGGCAAUUAAUUGUAAAAUUAAUUGCUGAUCCUCAAGAUAGAUUAUCUAAUUUUAAACAAGUCCAACAAAUGUCAUACUUCAAUGAUAUUAGUGAUUGGUCAAAAUUAAGAGAUAAAACCCCACCUUUCACUCCUCAAUUAGAUAAUGAAGAAGAUGCUGGAUAUUUCGAUGAUUUUGAAGAUGAAGAAAUGAUGUUGAAAUAUAAAGAUGUAUUUGCCAGACAAGAACAUAAUGAACUGUUAUUAGAAAAGUCAACUAAUACAAAUAAUGCUGGAAAUCAAAAUAAGAAAAAAUCUAGUCAAUUACAACAGAAUUUUAUUGGUUUUACGUUUAAACACAAGUCAAAUCCUAAUAAUAAAUUUACCAAUGGAGAAGUUAAUUUGCUAAACUUUAAUUCAAAUUCUGGUACAAUUGGUAGAAGUAAUAGGUUAGAUCCAUUGGCAACAUUAUAUUAGUAUGGUAUUGACUUCUGGUUCUGAGUUUGUUUAUUGGUUCGGUUUUAUUUCGUUUCAUUGGGUAUGAUUUAUAAAUGUUAGACUGUACAAUAUUUUUCUAUAUAUAU